AUGAAUGGUUGCAACAACGAUCAGAUAACCCUGAAUGGCCAAUCUCCAUUGGAAAAGGUAUCGCCGGUGCCAACAGUGGACGAUCGUGCUAUUGCCUCUUCUCUGCUUACAUUAUGCGGCUUUACAGCUUAUGUGGAACCGAUCCCGAACAACAUUGCUUCACGGGUGGAUCUUGUUCGAAUACCGAAACUUGCCGAUGAACCACUGGAGGUAACUUUUAAGUUGGAUGAUAUCGCCGAGAAAUAUCCGCCAGUUCUUGGUGAAUUAUUCACAACAGGGCCUCGCGAUGGUUUCUUCCUGGUGAAAUGUUGGGCAAAUAUUGAGUUUUCACUUCCAGACGAUAAUUCAGCUCUCUACGCAGUGGAUAGCUUUUAUGAAAGCAAUCAACAAUUUGAUAUUACGGUAUCCACAAAAGUGUGCUCAUUCGGAAAACAGGUCAUCGAAAAAGUUGAGGUGAAUUUUAAAAUUAUUACACAGAAUUCUGAGGAAAAGAUAAGCGAAAGAUUUGUUUUUCUUUAA